UUCAUUAUAUACCCUUUUCGGGCACUGUACUUCCUCCCCUUGCGACCUCGCCUCUGCUGAGCGAUCCAAUCCGAUCUCGGAAUGAGGGCGCGGGGAGAACGAGGGAGGCUCCGAUCUAUCGAGUUCCGGCUGCUACUCGGCUUCUUCUCGCCGAACAAGGCCUCUGAUCGAGUUUUUCUAGCGUGAUCCGUGAUCUCGGAGCCCCUCGUCCGAUUUCACUCCCCAACGACUUGAGGUUGCUCGGCCUUGACGCUACGUGGACGGGCAUUGUGCUUGCUCUUGAAUCUCGGAUGCUUCCUCGUGUUUGCUUGGUUUCUACUGGAAAGUACAGUACUUCUGACGCCAAGAUUGUCCGUUCUUUUCAUUACGAAAGAAAUGCUCCUUUUUCCUUCUCGAAACAAUUCGAACCUGCGUUGCAAUUGUUUGGGACAUUUUUUUCUCGUCGCCAAACUUUGGCAGCAUGAGUUUUUGAUCUGACUCAACCCCCAACUUGGGCACCAUGUGGAAGCAAUUCCUAAGUAGAUUACCUCGAAAGUCUUCCAAAUCUGAUGCUUCCCCUCGCUCCUCCCAUGGCCAAUCCGGCAGCGAUGUGACGACGUCUGCGAACGGGAACCCAAUCCAGAGGACCAGCAGCGGUAAUGUAGUUGCCUCCCGAUCGACCACUGUCAAGCGGACUGCUUCUUCCAUAUUCCCGUCGAGUGUAGUAACCAGCAUUGAUCCUCUACUUUUAUUCAAAGAUGUUUCUGAUACAGAAAAGCAGAACCUUUUCGUCAGCAAGUUGAAUCUUUGUUGUGUUGUCUUCGAUUUCUCGGAUCCCAACAAGAACUCUGCUGAGAAGGAUAAGAAGCGGCAGGCACUAUUAGAUAUCAUCGAUUACGUUGACUCUGAGGGUUCUUGUUUCACUGAGCCCAUCAUUUCUUCUAGCUGUAAGAUGUUUGCUAGCAACUUGUUUAGGGCCUUCCCACCUAAUACUCGCUCCAGCUCUGGUGGUGGCGAGACUGAAGAGCAAGAGCCCACGUUUGAACCAGCUUGGUCACACCUGCAACUUGUCUAUGAUUUGUUCCUUAAGUUUUUAGAGUCGUCCUCACUUGAUGCCAAGAUUGCGAAGAAGUAUGUGCAUCAUUCUUUCAUUGUGAGACUGCUGCACCUCUUUGAUUCCGAGGACCCCAGGGAAAGAGAUUGCUUGAAAGCAAUCUUGCACAGAAUCUAUGGAAAAUUCAUGGCGCAUCGUCCGUUCAUCCGGAAAGCAGUGAGCAAUAUAUUUUACCAGUUUGUGUUUGAGACAAACCGACAUAAUGGUAUUGCUGAAUUGCUUGAAGUUUUUGGAAGUGUCAUCAGUGGGUUUGCGUUGCCUCUAAAAGAGGAGCAUAAACUGUUCCUAUGGAGGGUCCUAAUACCUUUGCACAAGCCAAAAGGCCUAGGUGUCUAUCAUCAACAGCUAACUUACUGUGUGACACAAUUUGUAGAGAAAGAGCCUAAGCUAAUAAUUGCAGUUAUAAAUGGGUUAUUGAGAUAUUGGCCUGUGACUAACAGUCAAAAGGAAAUCAUGUUUUUAAGUGAGUUGGAGGAAAUCUUGGAAGCCACUAAUGAAGUGGAUAUCCAGAAGUGUAUGCUUCCUUUGUUCCAGAGGAUUGGAUAUUGUAUUAAUAGCCCCCAUUUCCAGGUUGCAGAGAGAGCCUUACUCAUGUGGAACAAUGACCGAGUGAUUAGUCUGGUAUCACAAAAUUGGCAAUCAGUAAUGCCACUAAUAUUGCCGGCGUUGGAAAGGAACAUUCGCAGUCAUUGGAAUCAAGCUGUUUUGAACCUGACGCAAAACAUUAAGAAGUUAUUAUACGAGAUGGAUGAAGAACUAUUUCUAGCAUGCAAAAAGAAGUUUGAGGAGGAGGAAGUGAAACAAGAUUUAAUGGAGAAGGGAAGGAUGACCUGGGAGCACCUGGAGUCGACUGCUGCUUUCCAACCAGCAACUAGGAACGUAGCUGUCCAGGUGAGACCUGUUAUUGCUCCUCCAGUUGUUGCUGCUCUCUCUUGAAGUAUCAGAGAUGUUAUCGUUUGUGAGAAAACCUACAAAGAGCAUCUCGAGGUCAUGCUGAUACCCCCUCCCUGUAUUUGAACCUUAUUGGAUCCUCUAGUUACUAUUAUCCGUGUUGAGAUGUGUCAUAGAGAAAAGCUUGUGUGAGUUAUGGCAUCCAUUGUUGUGAUGAUAUUUAUUAUCAGCAUAAGCAGAUUGCUUAUUCCAUCGUUUUCGUCUAUUGCUUUUGAUCAGAAUUUUGUCAAGAUCUUAUUGCGUUCGUGCAUUGCGAGUCCAAAGAUUCAGUGAAAUUUGGCAAUGUUUGACGGAUCA